AUGCCUCCAAGUUCAAGCCUCAGCUGGAGGAAAUGGCCAACAAAGUCAUCACACCCCGCCAGUAGUGCCCAAGACAUGCGAACAGAGACUUUUUUCUACAAUAGUGCGCGGCGCCAGGGCAAGAUUACAGGCCCGCCGGUGCUGCAAAUUGCUGGUGUCAACACCACAUUCAGUUACGGCGGUCUGGCAAAGCUGGGGAAGGAAGGUUUGCAGGGCUUAGCCUUCCGUGACGGUCAAUUCCACAGCAUGGUCGAAAUAAUUCAUGGAGAGGACUUGAAAACGCGAGGCAAUGAACACUUUGGAUUCAAGGAUGGUAUCGCGCAGCCUCAACUGGAGGGUCUUAAUGACCCAAGGGCCAACACGCGCAAGAAAUCUUUCAGAAGCACGCCGCCAGGGGUCAUUAUUACCGGACGCGGCCGGGGGCACAAUGAACCCGACUGGGCUAAGGAUGGUAGUUACAUGGCCUCUAGGAAGUUGAGACAUUUUUUCCUGGAAUUCAAAGACUUUUUACAGCGAGAGACUUCCCGUCUGGGAUAUGCUCCAGAACAAUUAGGCACGCGCCUGGUUGGACGCUGGGAGAGUGGCGCUGAGAAGGACGACUUCCACUUCACCAAAAAUGACCAAUCAGAGUGCCCCUUUGCAGCCCAUAUCCGCAAGGCGAGGCCUUGA